CGUCACCAGAGGCUGGCUUUCCUGUGAUUUGUUCUUCCGGCUACACAGACAGCCAAGGAUUGAGACUGAGCCCCUACAGGGACCCUGGAACCCACUGGUGGGGAGGGAAACCGGAGAGAAAGGCUGGAGGUAUUGGGGGAAGGGAGAGAACCGGACAGAACGCGGUGACUGAUACAUUGUAACCAGACUGUGUGUGUUGUGUGUCUGUCAGCAGUGACAUCACUGUCUGUGUACCCAGCACUGUAUAUUCAUUCCAUGGGAUGUUAUUGGUUGGGGUAUACCAGCUGUACCCCCCCAGAUCACAGGCUGGGCUCCCCCUGAUCACAGGCUGGGCUCCCCCAGAUCACAGGCUGGGCUCCCCCUGAUCACAGGCUGGGCUCCCCCUGAUCACAGGCUGGGCUUCCCCAGAUCAUGUCCAGUUAGAGACCCCCCCCCCUUACUGUUUUGGGUGUCCACUAACUGGCUGGCUCAUGAUCUGGACUCCUAGCCCCUGCCUGUGUAGAUUACUGACUUCUUGUUCCCUGUCAGCAGCCUGUGGUGGCUAAGGGUGAGUUGUCUUCAAUCUUUGUAACAGACAAUCUGGCUGACUCUGUGAAAGGGGUUUAUCCACUAAAUUCUGCAAUGUAGUGAAUUAUUCUAUGGAUGGCAACAGUCAAACCUAAUUAACCAAGCUAGCACUAUAGUUGAGUUGAAUCAUUUUUUUCCAAAUCUGCAAUUUUCACCUGUAUUUUUUAUUUUUUUGUCAAAUUGGAUUUCAAUCAACUACAAUUUUGAAUUUAGUGAAUAAACCUCAAAGUGCGUUUUCAGUUAUUCAGCGUGAAUUUUAACAUUUUACACCACAGUAGCCAUUUAGUGCAUCUGGUUUGGUCUACAAGUUUAAGUUCGCUGUAUUAAAUAACCCGGAUGGAUUUGACUACUUUAAAUUUCUGAAUAUUUGCACUUUAUCGAAUAACCAUGACAGUUUUUUCUGUUCUUAUCCACUGCUUGUGAGAAUUUGGCUAAUUUUGUUCCCUGUCAGCAGCGUGCUGUGGCCAGGUGAUUUGUCUUCUACCUUUGUAACUGUCUGUGUGGUUUUGUCCCUUGCCCUGUCCUCUUGCUGUAAGUCACCUGUAUUUGUCAGUUUACCUGUUGCUUAUUGUGUCUCUCAGGUUUAUCAGCUGGUGACGUGGGCCUUGCAAUGGUUGAUUACGGAAGGUGUGGUGUGAACUUUUGCUGAUGUUGGAAGGUACACAAAGCGGUGGAGUUUUUAGCACUCCCCCGUUCUCCGCAAGGAAAUGGCCUCCCUGUGCCUUCUGCUGCUGCUACUGUGGGCCCCUGGGGGGUCCCUGGUUAUUGCAGAAAAGGACAUCCAACAGAUCAAGGCUGUGUUCGAUAAGGAGUAUAAACAAUAUGUAAACAGUGAACUCCAGUAUAUAUAUACCUUUAACCACACGUUGCUCAGGAACAAGGUAAGAAAACCUCCAUUAACAUUCACUUUAUACAAUGAUAAUGUCACAGCGUGAAUAUGCAAUAUUUUUUUUUUUUUUUUUAAUAUUAUUAUUAUUAUUAUUAUUUAUAUAUCGCCUUAAUUUUUGGCAGAGCAUUACAAUUAUACCUGCCAAAGACUGGGCAACUAUUGUCUCCAUAACCGAUGCUUGUAGUAUCUCAUACUACCCACGUAUAUCUCAUAUCAAUCCAAAAAAAUAAACCAAGGUAUUUAUUUACUAAACUUUGGCUUGUAGCAAAUUUAAUCCGAAUGGCAAAAUUUUGACUAAAAUAGACAGACUGUGAUUGGUUCUGAGAUGGAGAAUUUUUCCUAUAUUAACCUUAAUUUUGCUUUUCGGAUAUCAGUUCUGUAGAAGUCAGAGUUUAUCAAAUAAACUCGCUGGAUUUAUUCGCUAAUGUCACAAUCCGUAGUUGAAGUCUACCUUUUAGACCCAUAUGGCCAAACUGUAAAAAUCUGCAAGUUUUCUGUUUUACAUCUACGUUGAAUUUCCAACAAUUCACACAUUGGUGAAUUCUCCUGACUAUUGUUUGCUUGUUAAUGACAUUACGGUGUUAAGUGCUUUCAAUUAUUAUUAUUUUUUUUAACAUCCCCACAAAUUUUUACUGUAAGCAGUCUAUGCAGAUACAUGCAUGAAAAAUAGCUCAAUAGUCAAAACUAUUACACUUUAAUGUAGUUCUAAUUGUUUCAUAUGCUAAAAAAUGUAUAGUAUUGCAACGAGUUUCACUACACAGUGAGCCAGAAUUUUUGAAGGACCACUAUAGUGCCCUGAGGGUGCCCCCAACCUCAUGGCACCCCUCCCACCAGGCUGAAGUUGGAGGAAGGGGUUAAACACUUACCUUUCUGCAGCGCCGGGCUCCCUCGGCGGUGGGGACUCUCCUCCCUCUUUGGCUGAAUGCGCAUUCAGUCAGUCCAUGGGAAAGCAUUCUCAAUGUGAUGAGAAAAUCACAGUGAGAAGCGCGGAAGCGCCUCUAGCGGCUAUCAAUGAGACAGCCACUAGUGGCUGGAUUAACCCAUAUGUAAACAUAGCAGUUUCUCUGAAACUGCUAUGUUUACAGCAGGCAGGGUUAAUCCUAGAUGGACCUGGCACCCAGACCACUUCAUUGAGCUGAAGUGGUCUGGGUGCUUAUAGUGGUCCUUUAAGUAAUUUUAAAGGUUCAAUUAAUAGCUGAAUUGGAAAAAUCCUUCAAGUGCGCUAUGGUUUUAAUUUGGCCUAAAUUUGAAUUUUAUUUUAAUUUCUCUUUGAAUUCCUGACCCUUCCCUCUUCCAGGGUUCUAGAAAUCAUAUAACUGUUAAUCUGUGCCCAACUUAGUUCAUCUGUCAUGGAAACACCGGGCUGGUUUGAUUUGUUUGUUGCAAGUGAAAGGAUUUGUGCACAAGUCCAGCCCUCAGACAUCAUGAUUUUUGUUCCAUCAAAUGUUUCUUUGAUAAUAACCCCCAUAGUCGGAAGCAUUGCAGACACUGGGGGUUAUUUAUCAAAAUGUUCUCAGAAAUAGUGUAAAGUACAUUGGUGUCUCCUCCCCUUCCACAUUUUUGCCCCAAUUUUUUGAACAGAACACUUUGAUAAAAAAAAAAAAAAAAGCUAAAUGCGCAGCUACCACCACAUUCUGCACAGUCUGUGAUGUCAACAUACUUUGCAUGCAUUGAAUCUCUUGUCAGAAGCCCCAGUUGGUAUGUACCUGACAGUGCCUGAAGCAUAUGGAUUACACAAUGUAAACCAUACUCUUUCUCAAAGUAAGACUGCGUACAACAGCAAAACUGCAGCGGCAUUUAUGCCCUCAAAUAACUUAAUUAAAGGAACACUGUGGUGUUAGGAAUACAUAUCUAUAUUCCUAACGCUACUGCACGAAUGCCCCUUGUAAUUAUGGUCCCCCCCCAAUUACUCACCAUUUCUCUAGUGGCAAGUCUCUGUCAGCGGUGCCGCGAUGCCUCCAGGAUGACGUUCCAAUCCAUAAAGGAGCAUUGGGCACCGUAGGCACAUGUGUGGCGUUCACUGACAUACGCCUAAGAUUCUGCCACAGAGAAUACAAUGACUGACAGCACUGCGCAUGCACGUUGGAAGUUACUGUAUGAGAACUGGGAAUUAGGACUCUGGCUCUCAUAGCCAGAGGACUUCAAAGCCCUCUUAUUAGUAUACUACAGAGUCUUGGGGUGUAGGUGUGGGGUGGCAGGAAUGCAGACAGCAUUAAAAUGAAGUUGUAACAAUUCCUACAGUGUCCCUUUUAAGACGGGGAUUUUGGCGUUUAGUCUGUCCCGUCUAACGUAUUUGUGCAUCUAAUGUGUUUCUGGCAAAACAGGUUUUCAGCCUUUAGAUUACACUAAUCUUCAGCACAAUUUCCUGGUCACGUUAAAGGGACUUGAAUAGUGCAACUGCAGGGACAUGAUCUACCAAAACUACGUCAUUAAAAUAAAGUUGUUUUAGUGCUUUGGGUGUCCCUUUUAAGUAUGAAACGUUAAAUGUUUCAAACAAUAAUGGCAGCGUUUAUUCCCUAAGUCAAAAUAAGCCUUAGCCAAAUCUCUUGCAAAUUAUUAUUAUUUUUUUCAAUGGAAUAGAUUUAUUUAUUUUAUUUUUUUAAGUUUGCCAACAAUGUUUCUGUAUUAAAAAGACUAUUUCCAUUUGAUUAUUUUGUAUUGGGUCUGUCCGUUUCUCCUUACUAACCGGAUUACAAGUAGAGAACCACUUCAGAUACCAAUAUACGUAGGUCUUUGGUCUCAGCCACGGACUUCUACUUCAGUUGAUAUAAAAGGUCAAAAACAAUUCAAAGAUUUUCAUGGCUAAACAAGUAGUACGUUGCUCUCUCCUGCCUGGUAUCGAAUUGAUUUAUACACAUUCAGAGUAUGUACCUGAUGUCAGUCAUGCAGAGGAAAAAGUAUAUUUAACAUUAAGCAGCCAGGCGAUGAUGAACAAAUAUAUUUUAUUUAGACAGGUUUGCAAAGUCCGUGGGAACCACAGUGUAAAGCAAUGGUUCUUAAGCUCUUCUGAUAGGAAUCUGAAUACUGUGAUGGGAUUGUCCCAAGAAACUGGGUGUAGCAUGGGGUACUGUUAUUUCUCUCCCAUCCCAAUUGAUCUUCUGGCUAAAUCCAUUGGUCUAAAUAGCAGACCAUAUCUUGCUGUCUUUCUCUAUAUUUCCAAAUAAGUGAAAUUUAAAAGCAAAGUGAGAUGUUCCAAGAACGCCUCCAUACUGCAUUGCUACAAUGCGGGUUUAUCUUCCACAAGACUUUUAGAGCAAUUAUUCGGUGAUUCAGAACCUUACAUUUGGGUAACAUUCACAACAUUUUCCUAUGAUUUGUAUUUUAGAGACUGAUUGAUGAGUUGAUUCGAAUUUGUCACUGUGACGGUAGUAGAAAAUAUCCCCGUCAAGCAUUCCCUUCUUCCCAUAAAAGAAAAUCACCCAAUAUUCCACGAGUAGAAAUAUCCCUGGAAUCGCCGAAUAAUCCACACAUGAGCCAAAGCUUAAUGCUGGAACAAGACUAAUUUACUGGCACACAGAACUCACAAUUUAUGCAAUACAAAACUCCUCCUCUGGGCCAGGCUAGAUAAUUGAGUUUCUACAAUACACAAAGCUCAAUUAUCUGCUGGCCAGAAACAUUACAGUUUUUAGCAAUUUCAGAAACAUACUUUUUACAAGACAUACAAAUAUACUUUUAACAUCCCUGGAUAGCUGAGGAUACUGGUAGUUACAUAUCCAAAUCUCACAAAUUUCCGUUCGGUAGUUUCCGUGUCGCAUCGUGUGGAAGUUUGACCGGCUUGCCAUGUGGAGGUAUCCGAGUUAGAGUUCCAUAAAAUCAGUAGCAAGAGCCGGUCUCCGUUCGCAUCUAACUACACGAAAACCACAGUUCGUAUGGUUCAGCUGGUUACAUGUGAAUGUUCCCCUCAUUCGGUAGAUGCUAUCUACCGAACGCCAGUUUGAUUCGUGGAGGGGAACAUAUUCAUCCAGGACUUCCAUGGGGACCGGGCGUUUGCAUGUUUGCCGUGCCGAAAUUAGUUCCAGGCAAUUCAUGCGUAAGCCCCGCUGACCGCAUUCGUGAGUUUUAAGAUGGCCGCCAUCCUUUGUUCUCGCCACGUGUUUGUAUGUCGAAUGGCGGCCACCUAGUAGCAAUUAAGUCGCAGUUUUCUCUGCGUUCUAAUGCUGAUUUGCUACCCAGGGUGUGUGGUCUCCGUUCGGUAAACAAAUACAUUCAUUCCAUUCAUAUUGAACCGAACUGAUACAGGCAUUUAAACAACAGGGAGAAGGUUUAACUGAAGGCACACAGGUAAAUACAUGAAAAUCCUCCACAGUCACAAAUUGCGAUUUAUACUGACCCGAAUUAGCCAUUAAUCAUGGUCUGAAUUAAUAAGGAAUUUAAAUCCAACAAAAUUUCUAACUAGUACCGUGACCAAUGAAUCUGCCUAUGGUCAGCAUCAGCGGAUGGCAAGUAUGUUCUUAAUUUAAAUAAAUUAUAAUAAUUGAUACUCCUGUGAAGCCAGCUUUACUGAUGUGUGUCGAGUCAGAUAUAUCUUCUAUAGAAACAUUAAAAUCUACUACUACUACUACAGUUUGAAUUGGAUGAAGCAGGAAACCCACGGGACUGUCAAGCCAGCAAGUGUUACUGCUAAAGUGGGAUAGGAACUUCUGCUUUAGUAAGAACACAGAAAAUCAGAAAGACGACAGGAUCCCAAGGGAUCAAGGGAAAUGUCAAACUGUGCAAAACCAAUUCGACUCCUGGCAUCUUAACUGCUACAGCGCACUGUAGUGACGAUGGUGCCUGGAGUUCCCCCUAUAAAUCCAAAUUUCUGUCAAGCCUUUUGUUAAUUAUUGUUGAUCUACACUGAACAAAAUUAUAAACGCAACACUUUGGAUUUUUGUCCCCAUUUUUAAUGAGCUGAACUCAAAGAUCUAAGACUUUUUCUAUGUACACAAAAGGCCUGUUUCUCUCAAAUAUUGUUCACAAAUCUGUCUAAAUCUGUGUUAGUGAGCACUUCUCCUUUGCCGAGAUAAUCCAUUCACCGCAUAGGUGUGGCAAAUCAGGAUGCAGAUUUGUGAACAAUAUUUGAGAGAAAUAGGCGUUUUGUGUACAUAGAAAAAGUCUUAGACCUUUGAGUUCAGCUCAUGGAAAAUGGGGGCAAAAACAAGUGUUUAUAAUUUUGUUUAGUGUAUGUUAACAUAGAUCCCAUGCGACACAUGCGAAUAAAGGAACAUUCUGAUCCCUUGAACCACUACAGUCUAUUGAAGUGGUUACGGUGGAAAAAUCUGUAGGUGCUCCUAUCGUGCACAUAAAGACCGAACCGUCUACUGGCAUCCAGAUAUGAGGAAUAUUAACUUCUCCACGUUUUUUCUACAAAUCCGUACAAAUUUGGAGGGCAGUAAUAUUCUGUGCUCUGCUAAGCUCUUGCUCACAGCUUAAUGUUAACGUCCAAAACUAGAAGGGAGUGUAUCCAAACCCUCCUUGCGCCAUACAGUCGGCAAUAAACUGUUAUAAUUCAACAAACGGUAGUGUUAUGUUCAUGGUAGUAAGAAGUUGCGAUUAGCACCUUGAUGUGACCUCAGGUGAUAUUUGCAAUGAGAAACAAGUUGACAAAAGGAGGGUACUUUAGUUUAAAGGAGUAUGGAGGAAAAAGAGACACAUUUACAGGAAAGGAAGAUAUUAAAUAGCUCCAAACGUGAUGUACUUGAGCUGCCACUUCCUCAUUUCUUCCGGACAAGAGAGACUCCGACUUGGGUUGUUCCAGCUGCUAUUUUCUAUUUACCAGUCCCCUUUUAUUGCCGUACCUUAUUUUUGUGUGUAUUAUAAUGUUUUUUAUUUUAGUGUCCAUUUAAUUGACAAAUCACAGAACUUAUAAUAUUGUUAUAACGUACAAGGCAUUAAUGUUUUUUUGUGUUUUUAAUGCGGGGGGCCCAGCAGUGUCCCUUUAAGAAAGCGAGGAUUGCUUAAGAAACCGUGCAGUACUUUCCAUCUCCGGUUACCUGGAUACUGUGUAUCGUCUUUAUCAUCCUUUUGUCUGUUGUACUAGCAGACACAUGACCUUGCUACAAGCGUAUCGGUUACUGUACGAUACACACAUUGCCAUGCUGCGUGGGUAAUGGUGUGUGACAACGGAGCAUCCUGUGACUGUGUGUGUUUUAAUUAAGGACUGUAAAUUUACCUGUUUGUAACUAUGUCUGUUUGUUUUUACCAUGUGGUCCUAUGCAGGGGUGUGACAUGAUGGGGGGGCAUUUUAUCAAUGUGUUCUGAAAAGUGACUGUUAAAUUCCGUCAUUAUUUUGAUUGUUUUUGUAAGUGAUCUAAAAAGUUCAACUUUUCCUUAGUAAAUCCCGCCAAUGAGAUGCCACAGGCAUUAAGCACUGUGGCAUAUAUGUGUGGUGGCAAUAAAGAGUUAAGUUGCCCGGUUGGUACAGCUAGGGAAGGUUUAGUGAGAGUUAAUGACCCCUGGUUAGGUUGUUAGGCAGAGUGGGGACAAGUAGCUGGGCAGACUUGGUGACACAGCUGUUGUUGGCCGCGAGCAAAGCGCCGGAAGCUAGGUAAGAAUAAAAGGUGGCAGCGCGAGCUCAAUCCCUGUCAGCUGUUUGCAGGACAGGAGAAGCACGGACGGACCGCCGCCCUCCCUCCUUCCCUCCCCUAUUUGCAAACUUUCUUUCUAAUUAAUGUUGUGGUGUUAGAAAGCAUUGGGGCAAAGUCAUCCUCAGGUUGAAGUUUUGAGGAAGGAUAUGUGUUAAAUGGUUGUAUAUAAAAGGCGGUCUGGUUAGCUAUGACUGACUGGCAAUUAAGUGAUGGUGAAAGUUAAAAGUUUUGGAAGUAAAGUGAAACAUUUAUGUAAAUAUGUUACUGUUAUCAAGUUAUGGUGGAAUGCCCCUUUUAUGCUUUAAAGAAACACCACAGCCUAGCCCAUUUAAAUAAAAGAAACUGUGUCUGUGUUUAUUGUGUGGUUUAAGUUAUAUAUGAGAAAUAUUGCCUACCAUACAUAUUUUACAGACAUUUCCAUUUCUUAAGACUGUCGAAUUUACUCACACCAGGCCGACCUGCCAGCAUUGUGGGCAGACACGCCCUCUUUCUGUGCAUGUCUGCCCCUUUUGGACAGAGCCUAUGGAGCAAUUGUGCCACUGUCCUGCCUCCCUUCCUUUCAUCCCACCGGCGUCACGAUUCUGGGACUGCAGAUGUUGGGAGGUAUACGAGAGUGUCUGGGGUGGAUGGAGGAAAAAAGGAAAUGUGGGGAGGGUGGUGUCAGGCAAGCUUAAAGGACCACUAUAGUGCCAGGAACAAAUACUAGUUUUCCUGGCACUAUAGUGCCCUGAGGGUGCCCCCACCAUCAGGGUCCCCCUCCCGCCUGGCUCUGGGGAGAGGAAAGGGGUAAAACUUACCUUUUUCCAGCGCUGGGCUGGGAGCUUUCCUCCUCCGAUCCUCCUCCGUUCCUCCCAUUCGGCUGAAUGCGCACGCACGGCAAGAGCUGCGCCCGCAUUCAGCCGGUCGCAUAGGAAAGCAUUAUCAAUGCUUUCCUAUGGACGCUUGCGUGCUCUCACUGUGAUUUUCACAGUGAGAAUCACGCAAGCGCCUCUAGCGGCUGUCAAUGAGACAGCCGCUAGAGGAAUUGGAGGAAGGAUUAACCCAUUUGUAAACAUAGCAGUUUCUCUGAAACUGCUAUGUUUAUAAAAAAAAAUGGGUUAAUCAUAGCUGGACCUGGCACCCAGACCACUUCAUUAAGCUGAAGUGGUCUGGGUGCAUAGAGUGGUCCUUUAACUUUGCAGGUGCUGCUUGCAAUGAAAAAGCUCAGUCCGUCUGUCAGGCCGCUGAGCGUGGUAAAGGCGUAGUUUUUGCUCAGAAUUCACAAGUGCCUAAGUCACAAAUGCUGUGCAACUAGUGCCCAGCAAAACUGUGAAUAUAUCUCUGGACGUGCAGCUUUUCAAGCAGAAGCCCUGCACCUAGUCUCCUGCCACCAUAACAACUUCUAAAAGCAGAAGUAGUCAUGGUGGUUAGAGUGCUUGCAAGAUUACAGAUCUGUCCACUGACAUCUUCACAUUCAUUUCCUAUCUCCUUGGUCAUUUCUCACUCCUUUCUCUGUUCCUCUACUUAUCAUUUUUUUUCUUGCUUACUGUAUGGUGACAUUGGAUUUUAUUCCCAUAACUCCAAAUAGUACUGAAUUAAAAUCUGAACUGCAGAACUGGGUCAGCAAUAGCUGAAUUUGGAAAAAUCUCCAACCUAUCUCAUGUCACCGCUCGGCUAGCGUAGCCUUCAUUUCGAAGUUUGUUGUAUUUUAAUUUUGGUACAAUUUGGCAUUUAUUAAAUAUCCCAGUUUGAUGUCAAUUAGCUAGAUUUGUAGCGCUCCAGAAUAUACGUAUAUCUGUAUAUCUUCCUGAAGAAAACCUUUCAAAAGAAUUAAAGUGGUACAAUGAUAUACAGAUUAUUAAAAUAUUAAUGUUCUGUAAGCACCUUCUGUUAAUGCAGAUGUUAACUUCCUAAGACACUUUACUGAAACUCUAAAUUUUUUGAUGUACUUCUUAUUAAAAGAGGAAAUUGUGGUUGUUUUUUUUUAUUUAUUUUUAUUUAUUUAUUGUUAUUAUGGAGCUUAAAGGACGAAGUGGCACUGUUUAACCUUUAACCUGCCUUGUGUGUGCAACUUAAUCUUUUAAUAGUAACCUAAUCCUGAAACUGAGCUUCCCCCACGCCCCCCUUGUGAACAUAACAAUGCAUAAACACUAAUAUGUGAGAAACAAACGUGAAAAGUCAUACCCCAAGUAUUUCUCACAAAAAUAUAUAAAAAGAUGUCGGUCUUUGUUUGUGGAAUGAUUAUAAUUUAUAUGUUCGUAUGGUGUUUUUUAAGAUGUAAAAAAAAUAAAAAAUUCUGAAUAACGAAUAUUUAAAAAAACAAAAACAAACACUAUAUAUAUAAAAAGAUAAAGAAUGAGGGAAAUCCAUAAUACACGUGUAAAUAUAUAAAUGGUUUUCUUUCAUUACCUCAGGUUGUCACAUUUUCAUACAAAUUUUGUUCUUACCUUAUUAAGUAAUUGUCACCUAGUAGUUAAUGGAAAUAUAACCCAGUUUGAAUAGUUUAACUAUUUAUGAUAUUAUAGUUUCUAGAUUACUGUAAUAAACUGCUUAUUUUUAUUUUAAUCUGUCCUGUGUUGGUUGGUUUUAUUUGGGUAUCAAACAGUCUUUGCAACGUUUCAACCAUCUAAGGGGCUUUAACAAGCCCACUGAGGUUCCACUGUUAUUCAGAAGUGUAUUUUUGCUGACUGUCAAUUUAAAAAAAAAAAGUUUUUUUAGUAUAUAUAAAUAAAAGUGGAAAAAGAACAUGUAUUUUUUUUUUUUUCUCCUCGAAAAUCCAAGCUGUUAAUAAAUGGAAUAUGUUUCACAAAAGAUAAAAUUACAGAAAAAUUUAAAAUAAAUAUUGGUAAAGAUGGUCAGAAAUGAUACCCGUAAAAAAUUGCUCUGUUUUUAUGAGGACCUUUUUGAUUUAUCUCCUGCAAUGUGUUUUUUAUGACUGUUUUUUGCUUCCCUUUAGACAGAAGGAGUCAGAGUAUCUGUUAACAUGUUAUCUGAUCAGAAAGUGACGCCUUUACUGGUCGUGGUGAGGCAGAAGGAGGCUGUGCUGUCUUUUCAAGCUCCACUCACUCUCCGAGGACUGUAAGUGGCCAUCCUUGUAACACUCAGAAUAUGGAUAAAGCUAGCUCGAUGCUUCUUAAAGGAACACUAUAGGGUCAGGAAAACAAACAUGUAUUUCUGACCCUAUUGUGUUAAAACCACCAUGUAGCCUCUCUAAAUAUAGUAAAAUCUUACUUGUAUUCAAAUCUGAAGCUGCUGGCUCUGCCCCUGUCUGCUGACACCAUCAGAAGUGGUGGUCUGAACCAAUCACAGUGCUUCCCCAUAGGAUAGGCUGAGACUGUCAAGGAGGCAGAUCAGGGGCAGAGCUAGCACAAGCCAAACACAGCCCUGGCCAAUCAGCAUCUAGCACAAGCCAAACACAACCCUGGCCAAUCAGCAUCUCCUCAUAGAGAUGAAUUGAAUCAAUGCAUCUCUAUGAGGAAAGUUCAAUGUCUGAAUGCAGAGGGUGGAGACACUGAAUGGCAGUGCUGCUUACUUUGCAGCACUGCCCCAGGAAGCACCUCUAGUAGCCACCUGAGGAGUGGCCAGUGAAGUUGUCACUAGGCUGUAAUGUAAAAACUGAUUUUCUCUGAAAAGACAGUGUUUACUGCAAAAAGCCUGCAGGGCAUGAUUCUACUCAUCAGAACAAAUUCAAUAAGCUUCUGGUGACUAUAGUGUCCCUUUUAAACUUUUUUUUUUUUCCUCUUUAAUAUAUAAACAAGGACCAAAAUAAUGUGCAUGGCAUUAGCCUGAUGCUCGGUGACCGAAUUCUAAUUGUAAAAUUGAAGAUUAUGCUAUCUUUAGUGAACUUAUACUCUUCAUUUUUGUAAUGACAGGAGGUGGAUAUUUUGUUUAUCUCUCAUUAUUAAACUCAGCACAAAUCAUAAAGGACACGUAAACCAAUAAGGGGUAAUAUUACCCCUUGUACCCAGAAGCACGUCCUCGUUCUUUGCUGUACCUGCGUCGGCGCAGGUCCGAGUUUUGGCUUCAGUGGCCUUACCUUUUUACUUUCUCACAAAUUGACAUUUUACUCUUUGUUUUUGAUUGAUCAGGUUGUUUUAUUGCUAAUCCUUUUGUGCACUUUAACCUAUCUGUCCCCUUUCAUUCCCUUAUAUUACUUCCUACUUGUAUAGGUAUCUCUGUAUUGUGCCCAGCUCUGUGUAUUGUAUAUAUUUAUCUCUGUAUUGUGCCCGGCUCUGUGUAUUGUAUAGGUAUCUCUGUAUUGUACCCGGCUUGGUGUAUUGUAUAGGUAUCUCUGUAUUGUACCCGGCUCUUUAAUUGUAGCGGUAUCUCUGUAUUGUGCCCAGCUCUGUGUAUUGUAGAGGUAUCUCUGUAUUGUGCCCGGCUCUGUGUAUUGUAUAGGUAUCUCUGUAUUGUGCCCGGCUCUGUGUAUUGUAUAGGUAUCUCUGUAUUGUGCUCGGCUCUGUGUAUUGUAUAGGUAUCUCUGUAUUGUACCCGGCUUGGUGUAUUGCAUAGGUAUCUCUGUAUUGUACCCGGCUUGGUGUAUUGCAUAGGUAUCUCUGUAUUGUGCCCAGCUCUGUGUAUUGUAGAAGUAUCUCUGUAUUGUGCCCAGCUCUGUGUAUUGUAGAAGUAUCUCUAUAUUGUGCCCAGCUCUGUGUAUUGUAGAAGUAUCUCUGUAUUUUGCCCAGCUCUGUGUAUUGUAGAGGUAUCUCUGUAUUGUGCCCAGCUCUGUGUAUUGUAUAGGUAUCUCUGUAUUGUACUCGGCUCUGUGUAUUGUAUAGGUAUCUCUGUAUUGUGCCCAGCUCUGUGUAUUGUAGAGGUAUCUCUGUAUUGUGCCCAGCUCUGUGUAUUGUAUAGGUAUCUCUGUAUUGUGCCCAGCUCUGUGUAUUGUAGAGGUAUCUCUGUAUUGUGCCCAGCUCUGUGUAUUGUAGAGGUAUCUCUGUAUUGUACCCGGCUCUGUGUAUUGUAGAGGUAUCUCUGUAUUGUGCCCGGCUCUGUGUAUUGUAGAGGUAUCUCUGUAUUGUGCCCAGCUCUGUGUAUUGUAGAUGUAUCUCUGUAUUGUACCCAGCUCUGUGUAUUGUAGAUGUAUCUCUGUAUUGUACCCAGCUCUGUGUAUUGUAGAUGUAUCUCUGUAUUGUACCCAGCUCUGUGUAUUGUAGAGGUAUCUCUGUAUUGUACACAGCUCUGUGUAUUGUAGAGGUAUCUCUGUAUUGUGCCCAGCUCUGUGUAUUGUAGAGGUAUCUCUGUAUUGUACCCAGCUCUGUGUAUUGUAUAGGUAUCUCUGUAUUGUGCCCAGCUCUGUGUAUUGUAUAGGUAUCUCUGUAUUGUGCCCAGCUCUGUGUAUUGUAGAGGUAUCUCUGUAUUGUACCCAGCUCUGUGUAUUGUAUAGGUAUCUCUGUAUUGUGCCCAGCUCUGUGUAUUGUAUAGGUAUCUCUGUAUUGUGCCCAGCUCUGUGUAUUGUAGAGGUAUCUCUGUAUUGUACCCAGCUCUGUGUAUUGUAUAGGUAUCUCUGUAUUGUACCCGGCUCUGUGUAUUGUAGAGGUGCACUUGAGGAAUUGUAGGUAUUGGAUAGUGUAGCUAAAACGUAAUCUAAUCACUUACUUACAAUAUGACUUACAAUAUGCUGUAGUUAAAUAUCCUUGGGAAGUAAACUCUCGCCCUCCUGGUUGUCCUUUAAACUGUUAUGCAAACAUUGCUCAUAAAACAUAUGAAUGAAAGUGAAUUUAUGUUUAAAUUGAAAUAACCAGAGUUGAAUUAAGUUAUUCCGAUUUUUAGAUUAAUUUCCUGUAAAACAUAUGAAGUUCCUUUUUCACAAAGCGUUCCUUCCGCACGGUUGAUGUGCAGCUCAGAUCUGCCCUCACACAAUAUCUGGAAUUUGGAAAAAACUGAAAAAUCACGAUCAAAAUAAUACUUUGAGGGGAAAAAAUCCUAUUUGUUUAUUUUAUUGUAAAAAUAGUGAUUUUUAAUUGAGAUAUCAAACAGAUGAGCAAAAAUCUUUUUUUUUUUUUUUACGUAUUUAUUUUUAUAUAGUUGUGGCGAUGCAGUAAUUAAAUUGUGGGUUUCAAAAAUCUUAGAACCCUGCGUUUAGCAGCAAGACGGAAAAAUAGAGAGAGCCCAGUUUGUAGAGAGAGCCCAGUUUGUUUAUGAAUGAAAUCAGCUGUUCUAUAUCUCAGAGAUUUAAAAGAUAAGGUGUCUCCAACUGAAAUACUGAGGUCUAUCUCACAUACACACACACACCGCGUCGGGUCACUUGUGGGUGUUCUCUUGCACCCAUUACCACGAGAAUGUCCAAAUAGCUUGACAGUUCAUCAGUGGAAUUCUAGUGUACAAUGGAUGUCAUUCGCAAUGUGUAUUUCCAGUUGAUCUACAUUACCAUGUAUGCAAUAUGUACACGUUUAUGUGUGUGGCUACUCCCUCUCAGGUAUCAACGUAACUAUCUGUACAAAGAUGUUGGCCGCACGUUGUGUCAGCCCCCAACAAAAGCAGAAUCUGUGACCCAGUACUUCUAUGUGGACGUAUCCACUCUCUCGGAAAAGAACACAACGUAUCGUCUGAGCGUCACACACCUUGAUAACUUUGUACUGUGGUAAGUCAAUCUCUAGAAUUUAUUUGUUGCUUUGAUAUAAACUAUAAGUGGAUUUCACACUCCUAUGUGUUUAUUUUAGGACAGAAGAACGAUUCACCUUUAACGCCACUCCUUCUCAGCCACAGGUAUAUGUCUAAUAAAAGCAACGUUUCCCCAAUGUGUCAGUGGGGUCUUUAAGAUUUAAUGCCCCUCCUCUAUUUUUUUAAUUUUUAAAAACUUUUUUUUACUAAUAAAAUAAAUAUUCUUUUUGUUCUAAAGAGUUAAAUAUGUUCUUUAUGUAUUUAUCUUGGCUGUGUGUCCUGGCAUAUUUGUAUGUUUAUAUAAAAAGAGGCUCGAUUGCUCUGUGUAGGUCAGGGGUGUGUCUGUGUUCUGUUAUAACAUGAAGUGUGUCUGCAACUAGUCUGCCCCCGGCUGGCUCAGACCAUGUUUGGUUAGUGGUACAGUAGUACUAAAAAUAUUUGUUCUUCCUGUUUUUUGUUGUUGUUUUUUUUUAAGUUCUCUAGCAGGAUUUCGUCAUCGCUGUUCCCAGUGAUUUAACCUUUUCCUUAUAAAUUAUCCUCCAGUUAAUACUUUAGUCCAAUAUCUGGACAUAAAAGCAGCAAAUGUUUUAUUCUAGCAAGUUACAGUCAAGUAUACACUAAAAGAUGCAUAAAUGUCAAAUAAUACAGAUGGAAGUCAAUAGAUAUUUCGCUCAGUAGGCCAAUCAGGGAGCGGUAGGAGCAGUAGGGGAGCCAAUCCGAUAAUUCAGUCAACAUUUCCAAACAAAAGGCAAGGAGCAACAUUUGGAAUGGAUGUUCGGUCUGUCCUAUACAAGGGUGUAUGAAUGCUAGACUGUAGUGAUCAACCAUUAUUAUUAGAAAACUGGGCAGACUAGAAGGGCCGAAUGGUUCUCAUCUGCCGUCACAUUUUAUGUUUCUAUUAUUUAUUCAUUCAAUCAAUGACAGAGGCAGAGCUUGGCUUGGCCAGUGACCAAUCCCCUUCCUUCAUAAUCUCUUCUCUUCCCAGUAUUAUUGGUCACAUUAAUCCAUUGAUUCAGAAUAAAAUGAAUUUAGCACAGUAUUUUUUUCUCUGAAUGAAGCUGUUGACAUGAUAGUGCUUGCGUGUGUUUGUGGCACCGUCUCCUUCACAAAAUAUUACGGUGGCUUUCAAGGGGAGGUAGGGCAGUUCUGUAUUCAUUAUACAAAUGGGAAUGACUGACGAUAUUUUCUCAUUAUCGUUCACUGUAUUUUUUUUUUUCCUUUUUCCAUGGAUUUCCUUUGUGUAUUAGACUCCGUUUAAUCCCCGUACACCUUUCCAUUCUCUACAAUCUUUCUAACUAUUGUUUUCCUUUUGAUUUCUUACAGUAUUUCAAGUAUGUGUUUAAAGAAGGGGUGGAUUCUGUGAUUGUCAAGGUGUCCUCUCCUAUGGCAUUCCCCUGCUCAGUCAUCUCAAUACAGGAUAUCCAGGUAAGGCUUGAGGAGUGGGCACAUCCAGAGUUCUGAUCUUACAUAAAACAUUUGAGGAGUAGGGUGUUGGUUUCAAUGCGAGUUGUAUUUUUUAUUAAUCCGUCACUUUUCAGGAAUUUUAGGAUCCACACCACUGUAUUAAACUCUGCCCCUUGCUCUUGUCAGCCAGCCUAGAGAGAACACAGAAAGAGGAGGAGUAACUGAAACAAUGUUCCUAUUUCUCUUCCUUUGAUACACUGUGUGCCCCGGUUGUGCCAGUAUCGAUUUGGGCUGUGUUGCUAUUUGGUAAAUCUUUUCAUUCUCAAUGUUUUCUUCAAUCGUUUCAUUUUCAGUUCUUCUAUAAAUGGACAAUCGACUGCCAAAGUAAAUUUUCAAAAUCUGUUUAGUGGGUAUACACGAAAUAAAAACCUGUGUCCAUAUUUUUUUUUUUUUCAUUGGUGUUGUGUCUAAACACAGCUUGCAAAGACGGGCGAUCUCUUAUCCUCUGUGUGUGCAAGCCCUCCUCUCCUAACCCCUCCCAUACUUUCUGUGGCUGUCCAAUCACAGACUUUCCAACGCAGGUCAAUGAAAAGUCUUUGCAAGGCAGGUGCUCUGGGCAAUUGCUGCCUCUUGAGUUGAGCUCCACUGAGUUAACCAAACCAGGAAGUAACAGGACCUGUUGUCUGAUUGAAAGCCAGUGUCAAUUUAUUAACAGCCAGGUUAAAGGAUCACUAAAGUGUCAGUAAAACAAACACGUUUUCCUGACACUAUAGUGCCCUAAGGGUGCCCCCACCCUCAGGGUCCCCUUCCCUUGGCGCUGAAGGGGUCCAAACCGUGAGGGACCUGGCAACCAGACCACUUCAUUGAGCUGAAGUGGUCUGGGUGACUAUAGUGUCCCUUUAACUUCUAUUGAAAUCUUCACUUUUUGUAAAAUGGGGAAAAAAGGACACACUGUUCACACAGCAAGCUAAAGUGCUUUAGGAGUCUGGAGUGUUCCUUUAACUGAUGCUGGAGCAGGACAUGCUAUAUUUGCAUGGACAUCAGAAAUGCAGUCGCAGUGUUAGCAUCAUGUAGUGUAGAAUAGUUAGGUGUGAUGUAAUAAGCUGAUGGCCGGUGAGUUGCGUACAUUUAUAGAGAAGCUUGCGUUGGAGUGUAUUGCUAAUAGUACAUACCUUUACACCCUCCACUCUUCUUGUCUUACAGUGCCCAGUGUAUGACCUCGAUAACAAUGUGGCCUUUAUCGGCAUGUACCAGACAAUGACCAAGAAAGCCGCCAUUACUGUACAGGUGAUACACGAAGUGGUCCUGCCACAUUUUCUCUCCAUCUUUCCUCCUCGAACACAUUCUGUGUUAUCCCACUCUUACCUUUAUCUCAUCAUGCACACCCUUACCUACACUUGCACGCUCUCUACCUCUGUCUUUGUCAUUCUGUAGAGGAAGGAUUUUGCCAGCGGUAGCUUCUAUGUUGUGGUGGUGGUUAAGUCUGAAGAUGAAGCCUGUGGUGGUGGCCUUCCUUACUAUCCGUUAAACCCAGGUAAGUACACCUCACUGUAGUUUGCACAAAAUCGUUAAGGGACAAAAGGUGCUAAAUUAAAAAUAUAAUCCAGUGCAGCCAAUAAUCACCCAGGUGUAUUGUCACUUUAUACACACUGACAAUAAAUACCACAACAACCAAAAAAAUUUAAUAGCACACACUUUGGUUAUAUUUACCUUAUUAUAUAGUCACUGAUUGGUCUUUUUAAAAUACUUAUAUAGACCCUGUAUAAUAUAGAUCUAAAAACGCCAGUGUAAUAUGUACACACAAUAUGAAAAAAGGGAGGUAAAUUGGAACACUCACAAUUUACAGAGCCAUUCUAAAGAUUGGCUCUGACUAUAGAUGUAUUUCAUCCACAUAAAGUGAUAGCUGGAUAAUGUAGUGGGAACAUAGUGGUGUUGAAAACAUCCAAUGGAAACAGGAACCAAAAUAAUAAAUAUUAAGAGUAGUAUUAAAAGUAAGACAACUUUUAUUUGUAUCAGUAUCUUUAAAAUUAGAAUAAAAAGGCAGAACGCGUUUCAACUCAGUCUUCCAUAAAUACCCUCCUAACAAAUGUAAUAAAAGUAAAUGUCACUGGCUGUCUUCGCCUGGUUCUCGUGUAACGGUCUCUCACAGUCCCUUUUUGUGUGUUUCAGAUACGCCGAUGGAUCACGGGACUCGUGAGAAGACUCUUGAAGUUCUGAUCAGCCCUGCAAUUGGCAGUACGUGGGUGUAUAGAAGGGAGGGAGCGUCACUGUGUAACAGUUUGUCUCUGUAUGUAAGCGCCACACUGGGCCUGCUGAUAAAGGACGUGAAUGUUUCCAUAACACAUAUGAGCCAUGAUUAUGUUGCAUUUUCAUAUUUGUGGUUGUUCAUCUCCAAGAACAGACGUCUAGUAUCAUGACUUGCAAUGCAUGCUAGUACGGUUUUACAAUUUACUGAGGUGUAUAAUGCAGCAAAGGUAGGUUAAGAUAAACUUACCCCCUAUAUCUGUGGCAUUCCCAUCACCACGUGAUGUCGUAGUUGUGCUUCUAAUCAGAAAAAAACGUUGUGUGCUCGCCUGGCGUUUUCUCCACUGGUGCCAUGGGCUUUAACUCCUUUAUAUACUUUGCCUGGAACUAAAAGAACAUUCAAAGCAUUUUAAAAUAAUUUUGUCACAACCUACAGCGAGCUUAUCAUUAGAUAUUAUGUUGUGCUAUCACAUUAAUGUACCGCUCUACAGUAGUGGAAUUUGGAAAACACUUGCAGUAUAUCUAUAUUUUAGUUAUAUCCAAACGCACAGAUCUUGAGUCAUUUACUAAUCAGUUUAUAGGGUUAUAAUCGACUUUUCAGGUCCUUGGUGUGGACUGUUUGUUUAACAUUGUCUUGUUUUGUUUCUCUAGCAUCUCCUGUUUAUCACCAGCAUCCCUGUCAUAAUAUUUUCGGUUCCCCUUUAAAUCCAAUCUAGUAAAACCUAUCUCAGCUUUUUCUUCUCUCCCCUGUUUCCCCCAUGCGUCUCUCUCACUUUUACAUUUUUUUUCUUCCAUUCUGAUUAUUACGCUUUCUUUCCAUUCUUAAGCAUGUCUCCCUUUGCUUUUUCAUCUCACAGAGGAGACCUACAUUGGAGGAAUUCUGUUCUGCUUUGGUGUGUUCAUGUCCUUCUACUUAUUGGCUUUGUUCAUACCCUGCUGGGAGAAAUGGAGGUAAGAGAGAGUGGUGUGUUGGGGUCCGUGAAUGCAUAUUACAUUAUCUCUGUAUCUUUAAUAAUCUAACAAAUACAUGGUGCUACGAAAGCCACAAAACUUAGUGCAGAUCCCUGCUCCCCUCAUUUUAUGGUGAUUUAUCAUUUUAAGCAAAAGCAUUACAAGGAUAGAAAAAUCACCAGAAUGUGUCCUAAGCACUCCCUUGUCCUGAAGUCCUCGGGAACAAUCCUUCCCCGGGUAAGCAAACACACAUGUAAAAUGUAGGGGUCACCUCACAGCAGUUAGCCACCUAAUUUAGAAUUGAUCUUUAUUAACUAUAUAUUAAAAUUAAUCCUAUGCUAGUGGCCGCUCACAACAGGUUCAGAAUGUUUUCCGAUUUUGAGAAAGUACGCAUUAGAUGCCCAAAGUGCGUUGAUCGUUGCCUAUCCCGCAUCAAUGUUCUUUGGAAUAUUGUCCACAUGGAAUGUAUUGUAACAUUAACUAAUAAUUUUGGAUUGUAAUUAAAGCGGAUAAAUUGCGAACAAAUCCCAACGUUUUUACAGGUGCACACACAAGAUCCUGUCUGGAAUUCAUACAUAUUUAAAAGGAAUAAACUAUUUGACAUUUAAAAUUCUACUAUAGACACUAUAGUCACCAAAACAACUUUAUUUUAAUGAAGCAGUUUUGGUGUAUAGAUCAUGCCUCUGAAGUCUCACUGCUCAGUUCUCUGCUAUUUAUGAGUUAAAUCAGUUUUGUUUAUUUAUGCAGCCCUAGUCAUACCUCCCCUGGCUGUGACAGACCCAAUCUGCAUGGAAACAAAAUGGUUUCAUUUUCAGAUGUAACUUACUUUAAAAGUUUUUAUCUCCUGCUCUGUAAAUUAAACUUUAAUUACAUACAGAAGGCUCCUGCAGGGUCAAGCAAACUAUAAACCAUGUAGUAGAUGAGAGUUUUUAAUUGAAACAGAAUUUGCAAUAAUGGGUGUAAAGUGUAAACAUUAGAUCACUCUUUACAGGAAGUGUUUAGGAAAACUAUGUAAGUCACAUGGAGGGAGGUGUGCCUAGGGCUACAUAAACAAAGUGACAGAGAAUUGAACAGUGAUACUGCAGGGGCAUAAUCUAUACACCAAAACUGUUUGUUUAAGCUAAAGUUGUGCUGAGCUCCAGUGAGAACAUUCUCUUUGUGUCCACUGCUUUUAUUAUCUUAUGCAUAGAACUGUAGUUUUUGCCAAACGCUGUGCCCUUUAUUUAAUACACUUUCCAAAUGAUUUAAUAAAUUUAUAAAAACCUUCCAAAUGAUUUAUCUAUUCACCAUUAAAGGUACUCUCCAGUGCCAGGAAAACAUCCUCCUGCAGUGCCCCCCUCCCUCUCACCCCCCAUCCCAUGUUGCUGAAGGGGUUAAAGAGGUUAAAACCCCUUCAGUGACUAUCCUGAAUCCAGCGCCAAAGUCCCUCGGUGCUGGGUCAGGCUCCGCCCACGCUCCUCCCAAUGGCCACGCGCGCGCAUGCAAAAAAGUAUUUAAUAUAUUUAGAAACAUAGAAUGUGACGGCAGAUAAGAACCAUUCGGCCCAUCUAGUCUGCCCAAUUUUCUAAAUACUCUCAUUAGUCUCUGGCCUUAUCUUAUAGUUAGGAUAGCCUUAUGCCUAUCCCACGCAUGCUUAAACUCCUUUACUGUGUAAACCUCUACCACUUCAGCUGGAAGGCUAUUCCAUGCAUCCACUACCCUCUCAGUAAAGUAAUACUUCCUGAUAUUAUUUUUAAACCUUUGUCCCUCUAAUUUAAGAAUAUGUCCUCUUGUUGUGGUAGUUUUUCUUCUUUUAAAUAUAGUCUCCUCCUUUACUGUGUUGAUUGCCUUUAUAUAUUUAAAUGUUUCUAUCAUAUCCCCCCUGUCUCGUCUUUCCUCCAAGCUAUACAUGUUAAGAUCCUUUAACCUUUCCUGGUAAGUUUUAUCCCGCAAUCCAUGAACCAGUUUAGUAGCCCUUCUCUGAAUCCUCUCUAAGGUAUCAAUAUCCUUCUGAAGAUACGGUCUCCAGUACUGUGUACAAUACUCCAAGUGAGGUCUCACCAGUGUUCAGUACAAUGGCAUGAGCACUUCCCUCUUUCUACUGCUAAUACCUCUCCCUAUACAACCAAGCAUUCUGCUAGCAUUUCCUGCUGCUCUCAUUAUAUUGUAUUAUUAUUCUCAUUAUUAUUGUAUAAUGUAUAGAAUGUAUUUAAUGAAAUAUGUAAAUAUUAUUUUUUGUUACUAAGUGUGUCUGGCAUAGAAUUUGUAAUUGCUCGUUCAUUUCCUAGUUUAGUGAAUAGCUCUAAUAAUUUUUGUAUGUUCUGGUACUUGUUUAUGCAGAAAGGGGAGAAAAGACGCAGGACUGCUGAACUCUGUGGGAUCGAUAAACGAUGAAACAGGUAAUUCUCUAGAAUGAGAGUCUUGUGCAGAGAACAUCUUCAAAGUGACGUGUAGUCUGGAACACAGGCAGGGUUAUUACUAAACUGGACAUUUUUUGCAGAAUUUCAAGUUAAUUAUAAUGGUUUGACCAAAACAGCCGAGCCGUUUAAAUAUCUGUGGGCAUUUAUUAAGAUAUAGGUGUGUGUGUGUGUAUAUAAAUGUAUAUAUUGUGUGUGGUGGUGGGGGUGGUGGUGGUUGUUUUUUGUUUUAAAAAAAGUAAAAAAUUAUUAUAGUGUUAUGGAAAAUAAUGAAAUUGAAACUUUAUAAAUAUUUACUUUAAUAGUGUCUAUCUUGCCAUUAUGAGGAACUUAAACCUGGUAGUAUGAACCCUUGCAGCUAAAUAUGUGUUAAUUGACCUUUUCAUACUCUUCGGGGAAGAUAUAAUAUUGAGCGCUGUGAAAAAAUAAAGAAGAUACUGUUAUUGUUGGGAUGGAUAAGACCAUUGUAAGACAUUGGAGAGCAUUGGUGAAAUCUAUCUUUGAUGGAUGAAACUUUAUAAUCCGGUGCCUGGUCCUUCAGAAAGAAAACAUUUCUUAGUGAUGAACACCUACUAACUCUUUCAGCUUGUCCAUGGGCGAGCUAUCCGUAUCCUAACCACUUAAAGCAGUUUAGCUCUCUGAAUUGCGUCAUGUGUCCUCCUUACUUUUUAUUGUUUUUGUUUUUCUUCUCAUUGUACAAAAAGUGCAGAUCUCAAUAGAAAUUGGCACUUUUUUAUAUCAACUUUUGUUACAACAAUGAAAAAAUGCAUUAAUAAAUUCAUGCAUGUUUUCAUUGUUUUUUUUAAUUUUUUUUAAUUUUUUUUAUUUUGGGCAGUGGGCUGUCCCUUAAAUGUUAGAACCGAACAUCCUAUGUAUCCAUGGAACCUAGCCAAUUCAUCACACUCGGACUUUCUUCUAGCGAUGUCCAAUGCAAUUUGUGAACCAAUUUCCCUGUCUCUGUUGUUUGAUACAUUUAGUAUCUUGAUUAAACCUCAGUAUUCCUCAUUUGAAAAUCAUUCAAUAGUUUUAGCUCCUUUUUGACUGUAUAAAAUACUUCCUGGUAAAUAUUAUAAAUUUAUUAUAAAUUAAAUGUGGGCUUCUGGCCAAUUGUCGUAUGGAAAGAUUAAGCCGCCUUAUGUGUGAGAUCUAGACUGCCAACUAAACAUGUCUAGGUGUCAGAAGUUUAACACCCUCUAAUUAACAAGUGGAAUUGUGAGAUUGUUGUCUUGUUAUAUAAUUACCGGUAAUUAUUUUCUCUUUCUGCUCUGUACGUUCUUCUCAUUUCCAGCAUCGCUGCUCGGUAAGAUUUUACUGGAUGUGAAGGGAAAGGUUUAAUAUCACUGUAUCCACCGUAUAACAUAACAUGCAUGUUUAACACUUGGGGCAGGUCGUGCUACAUUGUGUUAGUCUGUUCAGCUUUCUAACCCUCCUGCAGUGUGUGCAAUAUAACACGUGAAGUCUACUCACCCACUAUGUUGUUGUAAUAAAUCUUUUGUGGGGAAUAUUUUUAGAAGUGGUUAGGCAAACAGCAAAGUGUGAAACUUGCAUUGCAUGCACAGAGCUUUUUAAUUUUGUGGAAUAUGUAUAUAUUAUCUGCCAAUGAAAGGCUCUUAUUUCUAUUUUAGAGGAGAUAUUUGAGAGUUCUCUACAGCCACUACGUUUCUUAAAGGAAACCUGUAAAUAUUAGUUUUAUUAUUUAAAAUUAAAAGCAUACAUGUAUUAUACCCUUUGUGUAUUAAUCUGUAAUACAAUAGAACCUUUAAUGUUUUUUUUUCUCUCCUGGUUUACCCUUGCUUCAUGGGGGCAGCCUUCUUUAAAUUCUUUUUGGUCAAAUGAAUGGCCCAUGAAGGUAACCGGAAGUUAGUGCUCAUUCAAAAAUCAAGAUGUCAUGAGCAUGUGCAGAGCAUGUAAAAACUACACUGUUGGUCUUGUUUCCACCAAUCAAAUUGAGCAAAGUCUUGGUUAGAUACUCACCAAUGAGGACUUUAAGAAGGCUGCCCCUGCAGACCAAAUACACUUAUUUGUAUGCAGUAAUUACAAGAUAAUGCACAUUGAGGCUAUAAUAUACGUAAGAUUUAUAUAAAUUUUCUUUUAUUUUUUCAAUAAUCCAGUUUUCCUUUAAGUACCCCUUUGGUGAAUAUGGCAGUCUAUGAAUAAACUAACGCUGAUUACCAAAAAAUUCAAUGCAUUUUAACAUAUUGAUACAUAUACCACAAAAUUAGCAAAAGCUGCUGGACCGUGCCGAGUUCCCACCUUCAUAUCUAAACCCGAUACAGAUUUUCGUGUGCAUUGUGGUGAUAUCGUCUCCUGUCUUCUAGGAAAGUCAUCCAGCCAGAAGUAUGAUGGCUGUGGAUACGGAUCCUUGGGUAAGAAUCUUUCUUGUUUAGAACUUCUGUUUAGAGUGUGUGUUAUGUUUGGAACCUGACUGGUAACAGCUAUGUAAGAGUUAGGUAGGGGGACAUCAAUCUGAUGCAACAUUCUAUGUAUUUGUUAGUGUGUUUCUCUUUGGUAAGUUGAUGUUAGAGCUGUCACAAUAAUUAUGGUAUUUACUAACCCUAGUUCUGGUGUUAAUAAAAACAUUUUUCAGAGAAGCUUUUAUAGUGGAUGUUCUAGUAUUGAUUUACUUUUCGUACAGCAGAACACAGUUCAGUAGUGAGUCCUGAAGAUUGUACAGACAGCCUCGUGUCUUCAGGGGACGCAUCAUACAGUUACACAGGUAUCUUGGCAAACGUGUGUAAAUCCAAUGUGUAACAUGGGGUCUUGCUGUGUGUAUUUAUGUAUCUUUCACUUCUUUUUACGAUUUCAUUUGUUUGGUUGCUUUUUAAAAAAAAAAAAAAAAACUUUUGUCCAAAAUGUAUACCUAGAGAUUCUUCUCUGAUCAUAUUUUUAUUUAUUCUUUCACAUGUUCUCAUCUGUUAUUGUAUUGGCUUUCUCAUGUAUAUAGACAUGUUCAUAUAUUAUGAGCACAUGUAUGAGUUUUAAAAAAUAAAUAAAUCUAUGUUUAUAUAUAAUAUAGAUAUCUCUUGCGUGUGUCUGUGUAUAUGUAUGCAGGGUUUGACUAAUCUCACUUAGAGUUGUAUUGGUGAGUACGUCUUCCGGUCUGCCUGAGAUUUGUAGGAGUUACUCUCAUGUAACAGCAGUUAUUUGCAGUCACUGACAUUUUCAACUCGCCUCUCUCCUGUUAGUGACUUGUCGAAUAGCUGAAGAGAAUCAGGAGAGAGACCGAAUUAAUGGUGACAAGAACAAAUAGUAGCUUCUACCAUAGCGUGUAACUCCCAGCAAUCUUGGCCGUCCGGGAUAUGUAUGUAUCAGUGCUGUCCUAAUGCUACAGUAACCCAAACUCUAAACACAUCAUGUAAUCUUUACGGUGAAGCUUGUUUUAGGUGGAAACAAUGCCAUCUUUGGGUUCUGGCGAUUUUUAUUUUUUUAUUUUUUUUAAAAAUCAUUUGGCCUUUGGUCUUGUCGUUUAUCACGUUAAUCCCUUGAUGGCAUUUUUUUGCGUCUUACUGGAAAAUUAAAAACAGGCAUUUUGUACAUAUCACAUGUGCUCUCCCUAAUAUAUCAUUUCUCAUUUUCCAAGGUCAGGAGCAUUUCAAACGGCGCCCCAUGUACACCCUAUACCGGCCCUUGAAUUCACAAAGUGGUAUUAUUUGGGAAUUGCUAAACGCUCUCUAUUUCAAUUUAAUAAAAAUACAUAUUUUAAGGCCUGGGACAAAUAGUGGCAUGGUUUACCUGUAGAGGACUACCAAAAUCUGAGUGACCGAGUGUGUUGAGGAUCUGACAUCUGAAUCUUUUUAAUGUAUUUGGUCAGUCGGCCAUCUUGUAAAUGAAUAUACAGUAGUUUAUAAUCGUCUUAUAUUGAACAGCACCAAUGCAGCAAUAUAUGCGCAGGAUAGCAUAUGUCCACACAUUUUGCUGAAGUUACAGCUUUCUUUGAUGUGGAAGCCGGAAUCUAGGAAAUUGUCAGAUUUCUCACAGUUACAUUAACUUCGUCAUCCUUCCUAUAGACCUUUUUUACUUAUUGACCUAUAGAGGUCUGUGCGCUGGAGCGCCCCUCAUAGUUUGGGAGAUGUGUCAAAGGUUUGGUAUUUGAAUAAAUAUUGAAAUUCCAACCUACAGAUCCAGAACUCCGGUAUAGACUAUAUCUAUCUAUUUCUAUAUCACCACUUUCAGAGGUACAUCCUAACACUGGGCUCAGUCAACUUAAAAGUAGACAAUGAGCCAUCAAUUGGUCCUCUAUUGCUUUUGAUUUUAGAGCUCAGUGUCUAUCUGUAUUAUUUUUAGGAUUGGGGUGACAUUAUUGAAAUUUGACAGACUAGGAUUCUGUAGGAGUGGGUCAUCAUGGCAGUCAUGUGUCACAGAGGUAGUUCAUAUGGUUGUACAACAUGGUUAACUCCAAAUCCCACAAAGUGGUGAACCUGUUCUACUGCUUUACCUCUCCAGUGCAGCUAAACCCUAUUUAUCACUUGUAGUGUGGUCACUAAGGUGCAGCUGAUCUCUUUCCCAGGUCAUAAAUUGUAAUGAUAUACUCUUUAAUUUGAGCCGAUUAAUUGAAAAGUUAAUUUCAAAUAAUGUCAUUCUCCAUGGCCUGAAACAAUCCUUUUGAAAUUGGGGAAAGAGUUGAAUGUUAGCAAUACUUGGGGCAUAGGUAAGAGGGGUGCAUGUGUAUCCCUGGAAAGAAUGGACAUGAUGUGCAACUUUUUAGCUUAAAAUGCCCCCGAAAGAAGAUUUUUAAUUAGAAAGAGCAGGGCUGGGUGCUGCAAUCAAGCACAUUAUAGAUAUGGUGCCGAAUGUUCCAUAAACUUUCGGCUUUUUUUUUUUUUUUGUGUGCUGUAAAGCAGGUAAAUGAAAUACAAUCUCUUCUGAGCUGAUUGUGUAAAAAUAAAUAAUAGUGUUUAAUGGUGGAGAGCCACACUAGGAUUAGCAAGGAGAGAAGGUAGUGGAAGGAAAAUAAAGUGAUGGAGAAAUCGAGACAAAGAUCGAUGGAAAUGAGAUAAAGAGAAUUUACUGUAUCAAAUGAGGGGCUGAGAAUGAAGAAUCUGGGUUUUACAAAGGGUAAUAAAAUAACGAGAUACUGAUCAUGGUACAUUUCUCUCCACAGAACGGCCUUUGGAUAACUUUGUUUCCCGUCCCCGUCUCGAGUCCCUCAGUUCUGUGGAGGAAGACGAUUACGACACACUGACUGACAUAGAGUCGGAUAAGAAUGUUAUCAGGACAAAGGUGAGAAUUCAGAGGUUUAGAGAAUUUUUUUUUCGUGAUUUUUGUUUUUUUGUUUUGUUUUGUUGUUUUUUUGGCCUGAUAUGGGAGAUUCACUUUGAAUUCGUCACAAUUCCCAACGCUUUAGGCAAUGUUUUUCAUUUGCUUGUUUUAUUGUUUCUAUAUUUUUUUACUUUUUUAUUAUGUUUUUAGAAAUUUCUGAGCGUUGCUGAUCUGGCACGAAAAGACAAGCGUGUGAUGAGAAAGAAGUAUCAGAUCUACUUCUGGUGAGUGUGUGCCUGUUUUUAUUUUAUUUUAUUAAUACCAAGCACAUAAUAUGCAGUAAAGAACAAUAAGUAGAUGGAGCCAAAUUAGAUACACAGUAUAGGUGGGGGGUAACCCCUAGUGGAAAAUGAGAAAAGCAGAAGAGGGUGUAUCUAGUAAAUGAUGCCAAAUAUAAGCAUCAAUGAAAAAAUUCCAAGAUAGCCAACAAAUAGCCUACUGUAUAGGCCGGACAAAAACACUGGAAUAAAAGAACAAAAAUAAUAAAGAUUUAUUAAACAAACAAAAAUGUAACCCAAAUGAGUGCUACCAAAUAAACACCGAAAAAGAAAUAAUGAUAAUGAAAUCUAGAAUGAUAACAAGACAAAUCUGUAAAGAUAAAUACAGAUUGUCUGAAUAUAGUAGAGAUAAAAUAUAAUUGCAGAUCAAAAAUAUGAAAAAACUUUACUGUCAAUAGUGGCUAGGUGGUGUGCCAGACUAAAAAAGCGGAAUACCGAUCUAAUAGAUCAAUAAUCAACUAUGGAGUCUGACACUUGGGUAUCAAUAAUAAGCUUAUGGAUCAUGUUGGUCCUAUGGGGAAGUGAAUGUAAAGCAAUAUUAUGAGGUCUGUCAGAACACCAAACUAACAAAUCUGUAAUCAACUAUGGAGUCUGACACCUAAAAUAUCAAUAAUAAGCUUAUGGACCAUAUAGGUCUACUCAGAUGAAUAUAAAGCAAUAUACAAAACUGUUACUAGCCAUAGUGGCUAAUGAUAUGCCACAAAUUCAAAAACCCCAACCUAGUGGCUUGACAAUUGAUUAUAAAGUCUGUCACUUAAAAUCUCAAUAGUGUACUAUUGAACUAUAUAAGUCCUCUAAAUAUCUGAGACUUUUUAUAUUAAUAGAUGAACAGAGCCAUAAAUAUCAGUGAAGAAAAGAUGAAAUAAUGGAUAAACAUUAAACUGAUAUCCAGACAAUUGUUGGAGUGGCUAAAACAGUAAUCAAAAUAAAAGGAUUCCACUAGUUGACUAAAUAUAAAGAGUGUAUGUAUAAAUCAGCAUCCGUCUUAGAAUAACUGCAUAAACAGUAAAGCUAACGUUAGAAUAUCUAGGAGGGAUAGAGUAGAAAGAGGAGGAAACACAUGUAAAUCAAGUUGUAAUGGACGGUGCUACAAUGUAUCAUGUAACACAUCCACUAAUAACGAAAGCUGUUAACCAAAUGAGGAAAGGUAACACCCUCUAUAUGAAUAUGUGUCCCGUGCCUUCGAGGGCACCUAGUUCCAACCCCCCAGAUAUCUGUUAAUCAGUAUGAGGCAAGAAGAGAGUAAAAUCUGCACAAAUGAACAUACGAUAUGUAUUUAAAUAAAAAAUCAAAUAUAAGCAGCGCGGUCGCCAGUCUGUGUGCUGCACUAAAGAUCCAAAGAGUGCAGCACACCACAGUCCUCUGACGCGUGCGUUUCGCUACAACCUAGCUCGUCAGAGAGGACACUUCCCCAUAGGACCAACAUGAUCCAUAAGCUUAUUAUUGAUACCCAAGUGUCAGACUCCAUAGUUGAUUAUUGAUCUAUUAGAUUGGUAUUCCGCUUUUUUUAGUCUGGCACACCACCUAGCCACUAUUGACAGUAAAGUUUUUUCAUAUUUUUGAUCUGCAAUUAUAUUUUAUCUCUACUAUAUUCAGACAAUCUGUAUUUAUCUUUACAGAUUUGUCUUGUUAUCAUUCUAGAUUUCAUUAUCAUUAUUUCUUUUUCGGUGUUUAUUUGGUAGCACUCAUUUGGGUUACAUUUUUGUUUGUUUAAGAAAUCUUUUAUUAUUUUUGUUCUUUUAUUCCAGUGUUUUUGUCCGGCCUAUACAGUAGGCUAUUUGUUGGCUAUCUUGGAAUUUUUUCAUUGAUGCUUAUAUUUGGCAUCAUUUACUAGAUACACCCUCUUCUGCUUUUCUCAUAAUAUGCAGUAUUAUACAUUUUUUCCAUCAAUCAUGGUCAUGUAUACUUUAUGCACAUAUUACUAAAAACCGGGUCUGUAUACAUUGUGCACCCACUAUUAUAAUCCAGGUCUGUAUAUUAUGUAUGGUCCUAUUAUAAACCAGUCCUGUUAUUAAUUGUCAGCAUUGAGGCCUCCUAUAUAAUGGUACAUGCAUGCUGUGUGUUUAUUUUGUUUGUUGCUUUUUGUCAUCUUAUAACGUCAUUUGUUUGUUGUUUGGCGUGUAAUUACAUUUCUAUUUACCCGGCUCCUGUUUUCCUCUACAGGAAUAUUUUCACUAUUGCAGUGUUCUAUUCGCUUCCCGUUGUGCAGCUCGUCAUUACCUAUCAGACGGUGAGAUCAUACACCUGGCCGUGUGCAUGUUCCUUAACAUAUAGAUACGUGCAUUGACUCACCAUAGACAUUCUAAUUAACCACCACGGUCUCUUCUCGCUGCAGGUUGUGAAUGUAACUGGCAAUCAGGACAUCUGCUACUACAACUUCCUCUGUGCUCAUCCUCUUGGAUCCCUCAGGUACACAGAUCACCCUAACAUAGUCAUCUCACAGAGACAGCCUGACGUCCUGUGCCACGUGGCGGAGGCCUGAUGUCCUUAAAAUGAGCAGCAGUGAUGUAAAACUCCUCUUAGAUGGAUCUGAUCUGGCAAGCCUUCUAAGCUCUAGUCUGUUCUCACCAAGAGGGUCUUCCGUGCAUUGCAUAUUUUAGUUUUGCAACUAGUCUAAAUAGGUUCCUAGAUGUAGACCCCUUGCUCAUUGUAUUAUUGAGGGAUUUUGACUCAUUGAAGAGGCUUGCGCGAAGCUGUAACAAUCAUCUGAGUUUACUGUAUUUCUUGCAGUGACUUGACUUUUCUGGUCUGGUCUACCCUUAUUCCUGGGGUCUGUCAUUUCAAGAUAUCCUCUGUAAUGGAACACAUUUUGAGAUGCUCCUUAGUAACCGUUACAUUUAAUCCACACUUUUAAUCUUUCUUGCAGUGUGUUACACAUGGGUUUGAAUUAUGUACCAAAUAGGGUAAGAGCGUUUGCAGCAGCAUUGAGAAUCAGAAAGAAAAAUGUGCUACGAAAUCACUUGUCGUAUAUUCAGAAUAGACCUCCUAUCCCACGCCAAUCCUCUCCUUCAUUUUUCAUUGUUGUACCAUCUAUCUCCAUUCCCUCCUAUAAGACAAAACAUGCUUUUUGCUCUUCAAUUCAUCAUCCUUUUCUUAUUUCCAUUCUUCUCACAGUGCCUUCAACAACAUCCUUAGUAAUCUGGGAUACGUACUGCUGGGGCUACUCUUCCUCAUCAUCGUAUUGCAGAGAGAGCUGAGCCAUAACCGCGGGCGCAUGUUUAAUCGGGACCAUCUGGAGGUAAGAUACUGUAUGUUGGGUAUCCGAGAAAUACAAAAAGGGACAUUUAAAUACAAGGAUUGCUGAGAGAAUUUGGAAUCUGAAUGUGAGAGAUCAUAAUAGAAUGUGGCGUCUGCUCGCAAUCACGGUGUUAGAAACUUAGGGAUGUAUCAAGCAGCGAGAAUGGAGUGUAAAAUAGGUUAUUCACUAAACUUGUCAUGAAUUGAUAUGUGGGUUUUUAAUUUUUGGAAAUACACAAAAUUUGAAAACUCCUUGUGAAUUUCUGACCGUUUUAGCGAGAUGCUCACUAGAAGCAAAUUGCAGAUUUUAGGUUUCAAUUGUGAAGUCUUCUUAUCCCCAUUUGUUUUGUAGGAAUGUGGGAUCCCCAAACAUUUUGGUCUGUUCUAUGCCAUGGGCACGGCUCUUAUGAUGGAGGGUCUGCUGAGUGCCUGUUAUCACGUGUGCCCAAACUACACCAACUUCCAAUUCGGUGAGUUCCCAUAUCACGUUACCUAAAUGUCACUAUCCUAGCCUCAUUAUUCUCUACUCUCCAUCAUACAAUACCUGUCAAAAAACGCAGUGUGCUUGCUGCAAGCUAGUUUUGUCACUGACCGUGUUUUACAUUUUAUAAUUCUUAUAAAAAAGUUUACAUCUUAAAAGUAUAAAACCUAUGAAAAAAAUAUUUAAGAUCUCUCCUAUGAAGAACAAAUCAGAAGAGACAGGCAAGAGAAUGACCAAGCCCUUCAGAUAAUACUCACUAGCUUAUUUACUAAAGUAAGAAUUGUCAGGAAUUCAACGUGAAUUUUACAUUUAAGGAUACAAUAGCUGACUUGGAAACAAAUCUUCAAUUCAACUAUGCUUCCAGUUUAACUUUUUGAGUCUAAAAUUUUAAAUUCACGUUGAAUUCCCUACAUUUCUCUCCUUCGUAAAUAACCCUAUAAGUGUUCUUCAAGUCCUUAGGAUGGCAAGCAAAAAAUCUCUGCCCAAAUAGUCACAAUCCUAUCAGGAUGGACAAAUCUUUAAAGCCAGGAUGACUUUUCAAGGAUUUUUUUCCCUGUUUCAACAGCAAAGCCACCCGAGACCACGGUUCUAAACUGCAAAGCAGCACAACUUUUCAGUGGCUGUGCAUAUUUGUAUUUCCCCAUAUUUAAGUGUUCUUGCAUAGCAAGACCACUUAAUGUUAUCUCACAUUAUAUAUUAUUCUUAUUCUUAUUCUUAUUAUAGCCAAAUUUACCACCCUAACUCCUCCCACAGUUUUUACACUACAAUGUAAGUCUGGGUCUUGUGAUUCUCACAAUAUAAAGCUCUUCAUUGUAGGAUUUAUAGUUUUUAAAAUACGACCGUUUGAAGAUGGCAACCGCCAAAAUACUCUGACCUGUGUCAGGCUGCAGCAGCAAGUGAUGUCAUAGACAGGGCCUUUUGAACACCUGCUAAUAUUUUUUAUAAAUGAAUGGUUUAAUGUAACUGUGCAACAACGUUGCAAUUAAAUGUGCUAUGUAAAUGAUAACAGUUACUCCGCCCACUCCAGUUGUAGACUACUGGUGGAGGCAAGAACACUUCACACAAUUUCCCCAGAAAUUGUAGCAUUUUUAGUUGUAUUUACCCUGUCAUUCUGAUUCCUCCCAGGUGCUCUGUUAUUGUUUGUGUUUACUUUGUAUCUCUCUAUUAGACACUUCCUUUAUGUACAUGAUUGCUGGACUCUGUAUGCUGAAGUUGUAUCAGAAAAGACACCCAGAUAUUAACGCCAGUGCGUACAGUGCCUACGCGUGCCUCGCUAUUGUCAUCUUCUUCUCCGUCCUCGGCGUGGUGAGUCAUAGCUCCCGUUAGUUGUGAUACUACUGUCACCGUAGAGGGUUAUACAGAGAAUUGAUGGGCAGGGAAGGAGAAUUACAAUAUUUUAAUUGGCUUGUUUUGUAAAAUAUACAUUUUUACAAGUGGUUCUUCCAGCUCGGUGGUGAGGAUGAUCUUUUAGGCUCUUGAAAAUGACACUAAAAGAUGUUAGACAUAACACGUGCGCUAUAAACCGUCACUUUACGCACCACAAGUUCUGCUCAUGGUGGUCUGUUCACAGCUGACUCUUUCAUGUGAAUGUUUCAGCGGCUUUGGAAACUUAAGUGUUUUAUGGUCAUGAAGCAAGGAAGAAUAAG